AUGCGUGCACUGGCCGUGCUGCCAUGUGGGUCGGCACUGGUCGUGCUGAAGAAGAGGUCGGGGCGAUGGUUGCAGUGCAUUCAAGGCCAGGGUACGAAGAAGAAGAAGAAGAAGAAGAAGAAGAAGAAGAAGAAGAAGAGAGAUCCAGUCCUUAAACCCACGAAAUAG